AUGUCGCUCGAUUCACUCGAUGUUUCAAGGUUGCUCGAUGGAGGACACGCUCUUAGCGAAUUCGAUCUUGCUUCCAAAUCUCUCAGCAAAUCUGGUGCAAACGUGAAUUUCUCCAGCACCACCGACAUGAGACGCCCUGACAACAAGUUGCCCGUCUUACGAGGUCAUAAAUCACGUAGACGUGGCUCAAACGACUCGGAUUCGGACAGCGAUGCCAACAGCAAUCACGACCAUGACGACGACGAUCAUAGUUAUAGCACAAGUACCGCCAACAUGACGAAAUCAGAAGUCGCUCUAGCCAAAACGGGACCAUUAUUAGUGCCGCAUGGCUUCCAGACACUCAAGACUCUGACGAAUUUACGUGAAGGCAUAACAGUAGGACUACAUAUACCCAGCGCCACGUCCAUGACACGUAACGAAGUUUUUCUGAUGGCUGAUUCCAAGUCGGUACAUGUUUGGCAAGGUGAUAAGAAGACGAGUACGUUGUCGCGGUCUGAAGAAAGGGUCAGACCUGGUGCUGCUGAUAAAAAAUCGGGCAAGGAUGGUAGUAGUGUCGUCAAGAAGAAUCCAAUGGGUGGGUUUGUUGCGUGGACGUGUGUUACGUGUUGGAAGCCUGCUGUUGUGGUAGUUGCUACAAACAAUCUUGAACUCAGAAUUCUGGACAGCGACCUGAACGAAAAGUUUGUCGCUCCAACGACAUUCCCUGUAUUGAGCAUGGAAUUCAUUGAGCCUGCUGGUGAACUUGUAGUUUCAGGAGCUGGAGGGAUUGCGUCAUGGACAUUUAAAACGGUCAUGGAACAAGGCCGAGUCUACCACGCAUUCCAAGAAACAAGGCUACAAGUCAAAGACCUGGCUGUAGAUGAUUGGAUAUUGAGAACACGAUAUAGACAGAGACAUGCAUGGCUGUAUGCUGCUUGUGGAUGCAAUGUUUUGGUCUACGACUUUGCCAGUGGUAAAAGAAUAGAUAGCAUACAAAAUGCUCAUUCAGGCCCGAUAACAGGAUUGGAAUUUGUGGAAAAGUUAGAGUCUAUAGUGACUUGUGGUCGUGAUGGAACAGUAAACAUAUGGAAUGCCCAGAAACGUCUAGUAUACAGUCUUCGCGACCACGUUGGACCUGUAACAUCCAUGCUCCUGCUAAACAGAAAUCCAAUGCCAAUGGUGCUGACAUGCUCGCAGGAUGGAACGCUGCGGAUAUGGGAUAUUGAUCACGGGCGGUGUAUUGGACUCGUCGAAACAACAGAACAAUGGCAACAAGUAGAAAGCAUCGGCGCAGAUCGUAUCAGCUCUGUUUCAAGACGUGGAACACAUGUAUGGAGUUUGACGAGGAUUCACGAGCAUUUUUUGACUACGAGAGCGCGAGCAUCUCAUUUGAGGAGAAUCGAGGCCACACCAUCAACCGCAGCUAGACUACUAGUUGCUGGUCUUGAUGGUGCUGUACGGAUAUUUUCACCAGUUAACGGGUCGACUAUAUGUACUAUAUUGCCACCGCAGAAUGAUACGGUCGUACGUGAUGUGGUUUAUGACUUGGUUGACAAUCGAAUAUGGGUCUUGUUCGAGUCAGGAACUAUAUACGUACAGUCUGUUGCUACGAAUCCAGCCAAGAUAAUCGAUGUCUGGUCUCCUCAAGCAAAUAGAGACACAUGUACAUGUAUCGCAAGUAUAGGCGCAGAAAGCGCCAAAAUCAUGAAACUCUUUGCCGGUCUCAACAAUGGACAAUUAGUGACUGUUGAUCCCGUCACUGGGGCAAGAGAUUUCCUAGUGCAGGCGCAUAUUGCUAGUGUUACGUCAUUGUUGAGGAUACAGCCUAAUAAUCGGUUGCUGAGUUGUGGGAAAGACGGUGUAAUCAAACUAUGGCAAUUGCAAGGCUAUAGCACGGCUACCCAAACAACGUCUAUUCAUGCAAUGGCAUCGAUACCGUUAUCUGGAAUGACGCCACGGCAAAUGUGCUUCGAUCCCUCGUUGAGCAUUAUGGGUGUUGUUAUGGAGGAUUUCGCACUGCAUACGUUUCAUGUUGCUUCUGACAAGUUAUCUCCUCUGACACGUCGCCACGGCAAAGACGACGAUCACAGCAAACAGGUCAUGUCGAUAUCGAACCUCACCAGUAUCGGACUCUUCUUGACUACAUCCAUGGACGGAUGUGUCAAAGUAUGGGAUGCGAAUACGAAUUCUCUGUUACGUGAAAUACAAUUGGAAGAUUCUCUGGGAGCUGCUGCAUUCGCUAAUACCAAGGGAGAUUUGGUUAUUGGAAUGUCGCAGGAGAUUGUGUAUAUCAAGAAUCAGGAUUAUCUGCCUCUGGACUUGUUUAAACGAGUGAAGAAUAUGAAUCUAGUGGAAGAUGCGGUUGAAGAGGCACCUUCCUUUGACUCUGAGCUAUCGUUUUGGAAGGAUGGAGGCGAGACCAACAGUCGCCAUGAAGGCCAAUCAGGACAACAGCAGUCUGUAGAACAGGAAGAGUCUUCACGGGGGCAAGAUACAGAAGCUAAAGUGAACAUGGACGUCCUCGGCUCAGCGGACCAUCUGAACACAAUCCCAGACUCACCAACACGCACACUCGCAUUGGAAGGCGAUGCUGUGAAUCCUGCCAAUAGAAUCAGACCACCAACAUCAGUCGAAGAAGAACAUAAUCGAUUAAAGGAAGUCAAGUUACAAUUCCGUGCCAACUUGGCUGCUUUGGCACAUUUGGCUUCACCGUCGCUGGGAUCACGACAUGAAGAUAGUGACUUGGUUAAACGGGCGAGGAAGAAUAAGGGACGACGAGGACGAGUUAGGCCGAACGAUCAACACAAAGUUUAUCAUGGAGUCGAGAUUGAUGAUACGCAGUACGAAGAGUACACGUCUCCUGACGGUUCAGAUAAAGAUGAGAACGAGGGUGACGAAGAUGGAACACGAGAGAGGAAGACACCUUCAUCAGCUAGAAAGUCAUCAUCAUCAGCUAGCACCAAAAACAAGAAGGAUGGGUAUUGGGAUGACGCUUUCUUCUCUGAUUCAGACAAUGAAGAUUCCUCAGAUGAAGAGUCGAAUCGAAGGAAAUGGGCCGCUGCUGAUUUCUUCAAGGAUGGUUUCAAGGCUGAACGUGAAAAAGAAGAAUUGAAGAAGAAGGCUGAAGCCAAGUUACGUGCAGAACGAAACUUUCAGUUACAGCAAGGCUUAUUGUCUGAUAUUUCCAAGGAUUCGGAAACAAUACAGCCAGGAGCACAAUCGAAUACGCAGUUGCCAAUACCGGAUGUACUUCGAAAGCCACAAGUAGCCAAACCCAAAGUUGAUCCUAAAAUCGUGGCUGCCAAACGAGAAGCCAUCUUGAAGCAUCUUGGUCUUAAAAUGCCUAAUACUGCUCCCGUAUUGAAAUCUACGACAGAUCUUUUACAUGCUACAUCCAUAAAUAUGCUGAACAUGAGUCAAUCAAGACAGGGCAGCCAAAUCCACAAGAGUGUGAUAGAAGACACCACAUCCAAUAAUAGUCUUCUCGGUGGUGAGGUUUACGAGCCAGAAAAAGACGUAUCUCAAUCGAAUGACGUGGCUCAACCGAACAGCUUGCCUCCACCAAAAGCAAAUAAGAUUGUAAAACAAGAUUUUAAGGCUUCGUGGACUGCACGAAGAGCUACCAUUGCUAAUAUUCGGCUGAAGAGAAACGAACAAGAUGAUGGUGUAGAGGAUGAGGAGGCCAAGAUUAUUAAUUGGGAUGAUUAUGAGUCUGACGAUGAAGACUUGCCUCCUGUGGAAGAUGUUUUGGUGCCCGAGGCUACGAUUCCGGUUGUUGAUACCGCUAGAGCGAGGCCUAGUAUUAGUCGCCGUCCAAGUAUCCUUGUUGUUCUGGAACAGCCAGUUGCUGUCAGACCGACAACACCAGUUCUGCAUAGACCAUCAUCACCUAUGCCGCAGCUCUCCAAAUCCGCCAUACAAGCACCGAAAGACGAGCCGGUUCCAUCGACUCCGCCUCUCCCAGUAAAACUCGAAACAUCCUCACUCGCCAAUCAAAAGAGUCAAUCAUUAAUUCAAUCCAACUUUAUCCAAGAAAAACAAUCGUCAGUCAUGGACAAACGCUCUGACCAAACAUCAGUAUCAUCACGACCAUCAACACGCAGCACAUCCACAGUACAAGUCCAAGCACCACAAAUAACACUCAACGAUUCAAACACUGAACACUCGCCAUCAAUCCCUUCCUUCCCUGUGCCAGGAAGUGUGUUACCUCUAGCACGAAUCGGCAGUACAGGCGGUGGAUUAGGAAUCGCACCGAUCUCAUUGGUUUUCAGUGAUGCUGAUGAACGUCGGGCUGAAGAAUUGGCAAAGAAGAGGAUUGCAUUGCAGUCUAUCCUGUUGAUGAAUAUUGCUGUUGUCGCAUCACGAAAUCAGGGUGUUUUGGAAUUGAAGACGGCAGCUGUACCCUCAAAUGUGAAUGCCCUUGGGAAUAAGAAGAACAAGGUUGAUGGUUCGUCAGAAGUGAAUGUAGAUUUUGGGAUUUGUGAUCGUGUUGCUUCGAGGAUUGAUUUUCCACCUCUUUCGAUAACCGAAAAACUAAGUGUCCCACGUCUCACAUCUCUCGUCAUAUCCGUCCUCAAAUCAUCCAGAACACCACCAGCAUUGAAAUGCGACGCCAUGUUUGUCCUCUUUGGAAUAUUCACGACAUUCAAGGGCGAUCUCGCAAGACCCAUUGAUGAGCUUGUUAUACCGCAGUUGGUUGCAUCGCAUGAUUCUGAUGUUACUGUCAGAGCGUAUGCUGGAAUGAUGUAUGGGAGAUAUGGGUAUCGGCAUCGUGAGGUUUUGGGGUGUUUGAUGACGCUCCUUGGAGACCGGGACGGGCUUGUUAGGAAGGGAGCUGCAUUGGGUCUUGGCAGAUUAGGAAUUGCUACUCGUGAUGAACUGAUUUUGUCGUUAUCUGAUGCUGGUGGUUUGCCUACGCAACGUGUCAAGACGCAGAGGCCACGAGAUUACUUGGAUGAACUGAGGAUUCAACAAGACGAAAAACUUCCCAAGAUCCGACACCAAACAAGCACGAUGGUUAAUACUUGGAUUCACAAAGUCCCUAAAGGCUAUCCGGAGCAAACCAAGAAGAAGCUUUUAAAGAAUGAACCUAUUUGA